AGGAGAAGGCAAACAUUAAUUAAAGGUGAAACGCGUUCCUUAGCGUUUCGUGCGUCAGCUCAUCUUCAGCAGAAAGGAAGCAUACGGUUCGCAAGCAUAGUUCAAGUGGAAGCCAUCUUCCUGCGACGUGAUCUGUCUCACCUCCACGAGCUCCAAUAACUGAGGGCUCCACGGGCUCCGAGGGCUGUCGUACAAUACUCGGUAGCGCCUUAGCUGGGAGCUGAAGCCCCGACCACAGCGCCACCUGGAGGACGACCGCAGCGGCUGCCGCCAUGGUGGACUUCGGCAACACGCAGAAGGACCGCUGGGUGUGUCCCAACGACCGCCAGCUCGCGCUCCGAGCCAAGCUGAGGACGGGCUGGUCGGUGAAGACGCAGUCGCUGGAGCAGUACGGCGGCCAGGCGGACAACCCGUCGCUGAGCGAGCAAGAGCAGGAGACCAUCCUGCAGGUGAUCCGCCGCGCCGAGAUGCUAGACCUCACCGAACAGGAGCGCGUCGGACGGCUGGUGGAGCGUCUGGAGAACAUGAAGCGCAACGCGCUGGGCAACGGCACCAGCCAGUGCGUGCUCUGCGGGGAGACGUUCGGCGUGCUGGGGUCGCCCAGCCUCAUCUGCCACGACUGCAAGAAGGCCGUGUGCCAGAAGUGUGGCUUCGAGACGUUCACCGCUCACAAGGAGCCCAUUUCACUCUGCAAGAUUUGCUCUGAGACACGAGAAAUGUGGAAGAAAUCGGGCGCCUGGUUCUUCAAGGGCUUACCGAAAUAUGUACUGCCGGAGAAGAAGACGAAAGACGGUGGCGGGAAGUACGGAGUGCGCAGAAUACAAAGGCCAGGCCUCGAGAAGAACAGCUGGUCGCGAGCUGGCAGGCAAGGCCACAAAGGCGGCGCAGACGCGGAGGAAGAGAGCAGCUCGGAGGAGGAAGUGCCGAUGAAGGCGUACGCGCCGCGCACCAGCAUCCUCGACUCGGCGCCGACGGGCCCGCCGCCAACGGACACGUCGGGCUCCAACAGCAGCUCUGGCACCCGGCAAGGCAGUCUGGCCGCGGGUGAGCCUAGCCUGCGGGCUACUUCUCCCGGCGUCCCGUCUCAGAGAUCAGAGUCCCUAUCACUGGCUAGUGACGGAGAUCUUUCGGUAGGGCAGCCGGGCAGUGACACUCACCGUGCAAUGGCAUACCUUGGUGCUAGCACAGAUUUUUAUCAAUCUGAGACUGCAAGUAUGUCCAGUGUCAUGUACAGCAGGCAAAGCAGCAUUAACCAGCCAGAAAUUAUGCGACAGCAGAGUUUGAUGGGAAUGACAACAAAUUCUCUCAGUGCCAGCAAUUCACUCUGGGAGGCAACAGUUCCAAACAGUAUUACAGAGGGACCUGAAGUCGCAUCCUAUUCAGCACAGCGUUCUCCAAGUUCCAGCCACAUGAGGAGGGACUCCCAGGCCUCAAGCACAUCACGGGACUGGUAUUUGUCAGAUGACAGAACAUCCAUAGGUAGCAGUUCUGUUAGUGGUCAGCACACAUCAAGUACUACUGGUGAUACAGCAGAAGAUUUUACUGACAGUGCAGGAGAAAAUGUCCAGUUAGGCAAACUAGAGUUAUCAUUGCUCUAUGACUCCUUUGCUGGUGCACUUCAUUGUUCACUUCACAGAGCAAAAGGAUUGAAACCAAUGGAUAUCAAUGGGCUAUCAGAUCCAUUUUGCAGACUUAGUCUCAUACCAACAGAAGGAAGGUCCAAUACAUUAAGAACUAAAACAGUCCACAAAACAAGAAACCCAGAGUUUAAUGAAACUCUCACAUUUUAUGCAGUAUCAGAGGAAGAGAUCAACAGGAAAAUACUGCAUAUUGUCAUUUUGGAUGAUGACAAGUAUGGCAAUGACUUCAUUGGAGAAGCCCAUAUUCCUCUAUCUUGCCUUAAGAUGCAGCAAAUGAAGCAUUUUAAUGUUCCACUGGAGAAACAGUUUCUGGUUGAGCAGGGAGACAACAUGUGGAAUAAUGAUGCUUGGACACGUGGACAGAUCCUAGUCACUUUGUGUUAUUCCACUAAAAAGAAGGCAUUGAUUGUGGGUAUUGUCCGCUGUGCAAAUCUUAUUCCUAUGGACAACAAUGGCUUUUCUGAUCCAUUUGUCAAACUGAGGCUGAAACCUGAUCCAUACCAUCGUAAACACAAAACUUCAAUUAAAUGGAAGAAUCUGAAUCCUGUUUUCAAUGAAGAAUUUGCUUUUGAUACAAAGAUGACAGAUCUUCCAAAACAAGAACUUGAGAUCACAGUAUGGGACAAAGAUUAUGGGAAAAGUAAUGAUUAUCUUGGUGGUCUGGAACUCAGCUGCCGCUCAAAGGGAGAACGACUGAAACACUGGGUUGAUAUGAUCAAAUUCCCAGACCACAAACAUGAAGGUUGGCAUAAUCUGGGAGAAGAUUUGCUAGGAGACUGAAUUUCUCCAUAGCAGUACAACAUUUUACUGAAAUUCUAGCUGAAAGUAUUUUCCCUCUCAUCAUUCUUAUGAAGAAAUUACCACAGUAGAAGACUGAGAAUACAUCUGAGGUCAUCAAUAUAUUGUAUGCCUUAUUAUCGUGGAAUAAAAUACAGUAGAUGUUAGAUUUCACAGCACUGAUCUUUCAGGGAAUGCAAAGUGCCUAGGCUGUAUGAAGUGACUAUAUUCGUAGGAGAAAAGUAAACAACUGAAUUCAAAAGUGUAUGUAAUUACUAAGACUUUGACAUUAUAUCUGAAUAUUUUUGUUACUUCCUCUUAACUACUGAAAUUAAUAUUCAACUAAGCAAGCAAUAGCUGUCAAUAGAUACACAGAUUAUUGGUAUAGGUGUCACUCUGUAGCUGUAGCCAAUCACACUGCCAAAUGAUAGUGCAAUUACCCAUAUUAAUAGUGCAAACAAAGCAUCAAUCUUAAUUUGCUUACUGAUUAGCAGUGGUAGGUGAACACUAUCUGCAACAUGU